AUGGAGUGCAUGGUGUCAACUGGUCCGUUUGAUAUCGCUCUGAAAGUGAUGAAUGUUGAUGGAACUGAGAGACAAGCUGGAGAAUGUGGAUCCUACCCAAUAUGGGCAGUGAUCAACCGAUGUAUAGUUCUUUGUGCCAAUCGUAAAUAUGAAGAGGCUGAGGCCUUGUACAAAGAGAUACGAGCAUCUACGACGACUAACGAAUUGUACGAAAGAAGUGUCCUGGCUUUGGGUGUGUUCAUUUACUCGAAAUUGAAUCGUUCGUCAGACGCAUUCCGACUAAUUGACGAGUUGCGAAAGGCCCAGGAUUACGAGGACGAGCAGGUUGCUAAUGAGAACGGUCGCUCAGCUGCAGCAGAAGAUCCGUUGAAAAUUUUAGCUCGAAUUGAAGCCGAAAAGCGGCUGAAGUUCACUUCCUCAGCCGAUGUAGUGGUUUGUGGAGGUGGAAUUGCUGGAACCUCGGCAGCAUAUCACUUGGCGAGUAGAGGCAAACGUGUUUGCCUUUUUGAAAAAGACGCGAUAGGAUGUGGUGGUGCAACUGGUGUUAGUGGUGGUCUUGUCACAGCUCCAGUUUUCUUCCAAGAUGCUACGCAACAGCACCUUGCUCGUAGAUCCCUGGAACUGUAUACAAAACUAUCUCAGCUUGGGCGAUUCAAAUUCACGAAAUGUGGCAGAGUUUAUCUGGCGUCCACAAAGCCGAAUGAGAUACUUUUGAGAAGAAUGUAUUCCAGAGGAGUUCUCACUAAAAACAAUGUGGAACUCCUUGAUGAUCCAAGCGAAAUGGUAGCACGAUGGCCUUUCCUACAAACAGAAGACAUUCAGUUGGCGUUGCUUUCCCGAGAGGAUGUGGCUUUGGAUCCAGUCGCUCUCUGUCAGGAGCUUGCUCGUCAAGCCCAAGCAGCUGGUGCUCAAAUCUUUGAAAAUUGUGGAAUCGAAGAAGUUCUUCUGGGAGAUGAGCGUCAGGUAUAUGCCGUCAAUACGUGCAAUGGUGUCGUUGAAACUCCUAUAUUUGUUGACGCUAGUGGAAUUUGGACUGGUACCGUACUGGUCAAGUCGCUACCGUAUCGUCACGUUCGAACGGCUUCAUACCCAUGCACUCUAGGUUAUAUUCAAGCUACAAUAUUGCCAGUGAAGCGGUUCUGCAAUACACCGAUUUUCAACGAUCUAGACGGCAAGCUAAUGAUCCGAGCGACGGGCUUCAAAACGCUAUGUGCUGGUUUCCUGGAAGAUGGAAUCGGCCAUUGCUCACAAGGAUGCCUAGCAACAUGGUGUGUGGCAUCAUCCGGAACCGGACUGGGAUAUGUUCGCUCGGCUCUAGAAGAAGUUGCUGUUUCGUUGUCCUAUGCUCGGAGAAAUCGAGCACGGCGAUUUGAUUUGCGGCAUGGAGUCUUACACACCCGACAAAGAACCGAACAUUGGUCAGAGCUCUCAGCGAUGACCUACAGCAACUUGUACUACUCUCAUCAGUUUCACACUGCACGAAAUCUUCGGAUGUCACCCAUCUACCACCAACUGAGGGAUGCUGGUGCAGUAUUUGGUGAAAUCAUGGGCUAUGAACGUCCGUUAUGGUAUGAGAAGAAUCCAAAACCCGAUCGUAGUGCUCUGUUUUGGGGGCAGGACUCACUAAGUGGAAAGCCCAUUUGGUUUGAUGAAGUUGCAGCAGAAUAUGAAGCAUGUCGAGAACGAGUCGGAUUGAUCGAUAUGAGUAGUUUUACCAAGUUUGACAUAACGGGUCCCGAUGUGGUGCAUUUUCUACAGUAUCUUUGCUCAGCUAAUAUUGAUAGACCAGUUGGUACUACAAUAUACACUGGUAUGCAGCACGAGCGAGGUGGUUAUGUGACCGACUGCACUCUGAGUAGGCUCACUGAAACUAGGUAA